AUGCGCAGUAGAAGGAGGUCCGCGAGCUGUGUGGGCUUGUGCCUUGGCGCUUGUGGUUCGGGGCCUUGUGCUGGCACCGAGUGCGCCGGGUUGGCGACUUCAGCACUCUUGGCGUUGGGUGGGCGGCAUCUUGGGGGUCACGUGAGCCAGUGGCAUCAUGCCCGUGGGCGCUGGUGUCAGCGUCGCGGCUUUUCCGGAGGUUCGUCGGCCAGGAGGAAGGGCGGAAAGCACAUCCCGGAAAGGUGGAAAGACUAUCUCCCAGUUGAACAGCGGAUGCCUGGGACUCGUUUCACUGCAUUCAAAGUUCCUUUAAAAAAGAGCUUUGAAAAGAAUCUUGCUCCAGAAGAAUGUUUUUCCCCCCUUAACAAACUCCAAGAACACAAUGAAGAACUUGGGCUGAUUAUUGACUUAACAUAUACUCGCCGCUAUUUUAAGCCAGAGGACUUACCAGAAACUAUUCCUUAUUUAGAAAUUUGUACAAUUGGGUAUCAGGUGCCAGAUGACGACACUAGUUUUAAAUUCCAGUGUGCUGUUAAUGGGUUUCUGAAAGAAAAUAAAGAUAAUGACAGACUUAUUGGUGUCCACUGUACCCAUAAUUUAAACAGGACUGGCUACCAUAUCUGCAGAUAUUUGAUUGAUGUAGAAGGUAUGUGGCCAGAUGAUGCAAUUGGAUACUGGUGUUUUAUCUUUACAAGUUCUCCAUCAUUCCAUAAGAAAGCUGCUCUUCUUCUGGUUUCAUAAGAGAUGGUGAACAGUGGGGAUGCAGGUUCGAUCCCUGGUUGAGGAACUGAGAUCCCCCAUGCCGCAGACAAACUAAGCCCGCACACUGCAACUACUGAGCCCACGUGCUGUGGAGCCCACGCGCCACAACUAGAGAGCCCACGAGCUGCAAGGAAGAGCCCACGCACUGUAACGAAGAGCCCACAUGCUGUGACUAAUACCCGACACCUCCAAAAGUAAAUAAUUUAAAUAAAAUCAUAUGAGUGAAUGAACAUAAUACCUUAAGAGAAACAAACAGGAAAAGGAAAAAUUAUUUUUGAAGAUAAAAAGAAUUUUAGAGAAAUGGAAAACAUAAAAGAUAGGCAAAAAGAGUCAGGACAGCUCUGAAAAGAGUAAUAUAAAUAUGUAUAAGAAUCUAUUAUAGGGCUUUCCUGGUGGCGCAGUGGUUGAGAGUCUGCCUGCUGAUGCAGGGGACAUGGGUUCAUGCCCCGGUACGGGAAGAUCCCACAUGCCGUGGAGCGGCUGGGCCCGUGAGCCAUGGCCACUGAGCCUGCGCGUCCGGAGCCUAUGCUACACAACGGGAGAGGUCACAACAGUGAGAGGCCCGCAUACCGCAAAAAAAAAAAAAAAAAAAAGAAUCUAUUAUACCAUAAAAGUGACAUUUCAAAUCAGUGGGACAGGUUAGUCAAUAAAUUGUGAUACAUACAUGUUGAGGUAUAAAUUGUUCUCUGGAAGGAUCCACAGCAUGGCAAAAGCAGAUGUCUCUGAGGAGGGAAAUGUGUGGCUGGGGAACGUGGGGAAAAGGUUGACUUUUCAUUGAAUACCCUUGUGUACCUUUUCUAAUGUUCUGUCAUGUGAAUUUAUUACCUCUGAAGUUCGCCUGAGUUCAAACCCCAGUUCCCCAAAUUACUAGCUCUUGAUCUUGGGCAAACUCUUCACACUCUCCAGGCCUCUUUAUCUGUGAAAUAAGGUCAGUAACUUAGCCUGGUGCUGCCUGGCACAGAAUAAACUGUCAAUAAAUGGAGAUUAUUAGUGUAAAAAAACCAAAUGCCCAUCAAUGGAUG